GCGACACCGAUAUGUUCUAGAAAUGAAGCUUAUAACGCCCGUUAUUUAACUUCUACCGGCGAUGGAUCCGCCCGCCGUGUCCCGGGAUAGGAAGCGGCCGCCGAAGAGCUCUCCGUCGCGCUUCCGAUAGAGAGCGAACGGGCGAACGAGCGGUGGAGGUAAAGGAAGCAGAGAGGCGGGCGAUGCCUCCACCGAGGCGGCGCCACCCCCCUGGCCGGUGCCAAACCCCGGGGGCCUCCGCCCUCUCCAUCCUUUCCUUUGCCACCUUGCUCGUACUUAUCUUCCUCGCCUUCCUCUCGUACCUCGCCCCGCCCCUUCUCGACCACCGGCCCCUCUCUGGCGCACAACUCCGAGGCGUCUCGAAUCCCCCCUCCCAUCUCAAGCUUGUUGGAGGGAGGGUCAAGAAGCAUGAUCUCUGGAGAUCCAAACUGUCCAAGUUCUACGUUGGGUGUAGCAAUGCUAGUAAUAAGUUUGCAGCAGCGAACGCUGUUACUUAUCGUGAUAGAUACUUGAUGAUUGGAACUAGUGGUGGUUUAAAUCAACAGAGAACAGGAAUAAUAGAUGCUGUUGUUGCAGCUCGGAUCCUGAAUGCCACACUCGUUGUUCCAAAGCUGGACCAGAGAUCUUUCUGGAAGGAUGCCAGCAAUUUUGGUGAUAUUUUUGAUGUUGAUUGGUUCAUCUCAUUCCUCUCAAAAGAUGUUAAAAUCAUAAAAGAGCUUCCGAAAAAGGGCGGGAAAUAUUUCAGGUCUCCAUACACUAUGCGGGUUCCACGGAAGUGUACUCCAAGAUGUUACCAAAACCGGGUCUUACCUGUUCUUAUGAAGAAGCAUGUUGUCCAGCUUACAAAGUUCGAUUACAGACUUGCAAAUAAGUUGGAAACAGAGAUGCAAAAGCUGAGAUGUAGAGUUAAUUAUCAUGCCUUGACAUUUAGUCAUCCAAUACAAGAAAUGGGUGAGAAGCUGAUACGGCGAAUGAAGGAAAAAGGCAAUCACUUCAUUGCCCUUCACUUGAGAUUUGAACCAGAUAUGCUUGCCUUCUCAGGGUGUUACUAUGGCGGAGGAGAGAAGGAAAUCAGAGAACUUGGUGCAAUACGCAAGAGGUGGAAAACUUUACAUAUAAGCAAUCCUGACAAGGCGCGGAGGCAAGGAAGAUGCCCACUAACACCAGAAGAGGUAGGACUGAUGCUGAGGGGGCUGGGCUAUGGGAAUGAUGUUCACAUAUAUGUGGCAUCUGGUGAAAUAUAUGGUGGUGAUGAAUCAUUGGCACCUCUGAAAACCCUCUUUCCAAAUUUUUAUUCAAAAGAGACGUUAGCCAGCAAAGAGGAAUUGGAACCGUUCUCUUCAUUCUCAUCACGUAUGGCUGCCCUUGAUUUUAUUGUAUGUGAUGGAAGCGAUGCUUUUGUGGCAAACAACAAUGGCAACAUGGCUCGGAUAUUGGCUGGGAGAAGGAGAUACUUUGGGCACAAGAGGACUAUAAGACCAAAUGCUAAGAAGCUGUACUCACUGUUUCUAAACCAAGCAAACAUGAGCUGGGAUGAAUUUGCGGCGAAGGUUCGCACUCAUCAGAGAGGAUUUAUGGGAGAGCCAAAGGAGGUCAGACCAGGCAGAGGUGAAUUUCAUGAAAAUCCAUCAAAUUGUAUCUGUGAUGCUGCUGAGGCUGCUGCGAAACGUGCAUCUUCUGCAUCGCUGAAUCAGAGCAACCCUGACGAUCAACAUCAAAAGAACAUUACAAGCAAAAAUGUAGGGAAACCUACAUCUAGCGAUCUGCCUGAAGAACCAGACUGGUCUGAACUUGACUACGGAGAGUAUGCACCUUUAGGUAAAAGUUCAUCUAAUAAUACAGAGAUGGACUAUGAUUCAUUUGCAAGAACAGAGGAUUCUGAGAUUGAAGAUAUUCUCUCUGACUAGUCAUAUUUAUCUUUGAACCCUGCGAUUUUAUUGAUUAUCCAAUUCUUCCUGGAA